UUGGAGAUCAGAAAACGGGUGCGUCUGGAGCUGGCGCUGGACGCGGCAGCAUCCUCGUGCGCCAACAGCCGAGCGCGAGGAGCUGCACGAUCACCUAGCAGCCCUCCGCAUCCAUCAUCCCCACCAGAAGGCUUGGUGUCGGAUGGGUAUUCUCGGACUCAGCAAGCGGCACCUGCCGCUGGUGGAGCACGUCGCAUGCUUUGGUCACAAAUAAUGAACGCAAACGCACUGCGGGCGUACUUUAGGGCAAAAGGGGAAGAAACCAGAUGUUUGGCAUAUCGGGCUCGGAUGCAUCGCUUGUUUGGAGAGCUGGAGCCAACUCUAUCCGUCACUGAGCAAAACCUGGCAGACCGAGUUCGGUACAUCCUGCGCUCCAACAUAUUUGGUGACGCCGAACUCGAACGACUACGACGUGAGGCCGUUUCCUCAUCGAAUGGAAAUGCUACGGCUGGGAAUGCGGCGCCACUAAUUGCGCAGCAAACUGCAAAUGUGGAUGCUGCCGUCAAUAUUCCAUUUGUGGUUGAUUCAGACGAUGAUGAAAUAGCCCCCCACGAACUAGAGAAAAUGAGGAGCAUAUUGGAAGAGUCGAUGCUAGAAACGCGCAGCAUGCCUCUCGAAAAUCGACCGCGACUUCCCCGCAUACCCCUUAGCAAGCGAAAUCGGGCUGUCGUGCGGGCUCUUAACCCAAUGCUGGUGACCUAUUUGAAAGCCAGCCGGGACCUUUGA